CGGGCGGUGUGACGGUGGGAGAACGCGGUCGUGGCGGUGAUGCCGAGCGGUGUGAGGGGUGCUGUGCUGCCGGGGGAGCCGCUGUCGGUGUCGCGGUUCCGGGCCUGCUCGGCUCGCUGCUGUUUCCUGGCCGUUGCCGUGGGGACGGCGCUGGGCGGAGUGGCGUUCUGGUCGUGCCGGCGCCUCGUGCUGCGCUGGCUGGAGGGUCAGCAGUUCCGGGCCGGCCUGCUCCUCUUCAGCCUGGCCUUCAUCCUCAUCUCCUUCCCCUGGACCUGGGGAUACACGCUGCUCAGCUUGGCACCGGGAUACCUGUAUGGCUUCCAGCGGGGGCUGGCGGUGCUGGUCUUUGGGGUGGCGGUGGGCACCCUGGCAGCUCAUCUGGUUACCCAGCGCUGGCUGCUGGCACCCAUGGGUGCCCUGGUCAGAGGGAAUGCCAAGCUCAGUGCCAUCAUCCGAGUGCUGGAUGGUACCAGUGGGCUUAAGGUGGUCUUCCUGGCGAGACUGACGCCCAUCCCCUUUGGACUCCAGAACGCAGUCUUUGCUAUCAGCAAGUUGGAAACACUGCACUAUUUGGCCACCUCCACUGUGGGUCUGUUACCCUCUCAGAUCCUCAACUCUUACCUGGGCAGUACUGUUAGGACCUUGGAAGAUGUGGUAAAUCAUCGAAGUCCAGAGGGCUACUUGGCAUUUAUAUUACAGAUCUUCUUCAGUGUUGCCAUGAUGUUAUACUUAGUGCGUCGAGCUCACCAGGAACUGAACAAGACCAUCCAGGCCCAUGAUGCCAAGCAGCCUGGAGAUGAAGCUGUCCCGGACAAUGACAAGGAAACACACAGCACCAAAAGAACUAAUGUUCCACCAGACAUGGACUUUGUAUGACCGACAAACUUGAAUGAGUUGAGCUGAAGCAUGAAGACAGAUGACCGCCGGGAGUGGAAAGUGGGGUAGGAAAAGCACGUGUUAGCAGACAUCCCCAUAACUAACACACUUGAUGGUCUGGUAUUGUCAGCCCAUGGAUUACUGAUUGGAUCUGACACAGAUAAUGGAGAAUCCAGAUAUGAAUGUCGGCAGUGGAGAAGGGCCUGUGGGUGCGCCUCUAUAUGACCAAUAUGAUCGUGCUUCGCAAACCUUGGAAUGAUAACUUCUGGAUGGCUGGUGCAGGGGAUGGCCAGAGUUUAUCACACUUUCCCUGAAAUGCUGGUCUCAUAGGCUGGGAUUUGCACCCAGUGUUAGGAGUGGUUAGUGUUAUGGCCGGUUCUGAAGCCUAAUACUGGGUUUGGUCAAUGGAGAGUUGCCUGUGGGAGCAGGAAAGCCUCUGCUGACUCUGUUGCUGAAUUCAUUGAGGACAUAGGGAAGUAAACACCCAAUGCUAUCAGGCCAGAGAGCUGUCUGGCUUGGCUGAUUAGUGCUAUACCCUUUUAGCUGAGAGUGCUGGAGCCAGAUUUAGCUUUGGGUGGUGGGAUUCAGGUGUUUGGAGGGAGCUUCUAAAUGUGCCUGGCUGGUUUCAUCUGGACUUAAACCCAAAGCACACAAACUGCCUGAAUGUUGCACUCGAGUGCCAAUCUUGAUGAGAUGAUCAAUUGACUGACGUGGAAAAUGGAAGAUGGUUCAUUAGGGAUGGCCCCUCUUGUAUUUAACUUAGGAUUUGGGCCUAUUAGGUGGGACAAUGGAAAGGGAUCUUCACUAUUUCUAAACACUCCAGUUUGUGCUGUGCAGAACUGGUUUCUAAGCACUUCCACACAUUCGUACAUCCAGCCCUGAUCGUUUUCUCAAUGUUCCAAUGCAGAUCUCUUCAUAUAUUAAAAAAAAUCCCACUCACUUGCUGAUGACCUCAUUUCUAACAUAUUGAAGAAUAGAUUCUCAUACACAGUGUGGACCAUGACAUGCAGUGGACAAUUAGUAAUUAAAUUAAAAUGACUGCACUCUGUGAUUGAAGCAGCCAGUAAUGAAGGUUUAAUUUACAGUAAUGAAACAGUAAUGAUCUUUGCAGAGCCUGCGAUAGGGUUAAUGCCUGAAACUAUUUCUAGGCUGUGCCAUCGAUUGGGAAAUGUUGUUUGGAUUAUUUAUCCUAGGCUUCCAUAAAUCUUGUUAAAACCUUAAAAGAAACAUAGCUCCUGUAAAGUGCCUGACAUCUUUCUGUAGAUAUAAAUCAUGAUACCAGCGAAUUAAAUGAAUACAUUUUUUUAA